AUGCACCCCCAUAGCAACUCUGCCCACCGAGCUGAAGUCAAGCUUGGCGAGAAUAACCUCUUACUUGACGACUGUGUUUUGUCCCAAAAGUUUCUGGAUUUCUCGGUUCAUCUAACUGCUUCAAUUAUUAUGAUUGAGAAGAUCCAAAACAAAGCUGUAGACCUUGGGUUCGCGACAAUAACGGAGAAACUGCCGCAAGCUUGGUCAUAUUUUGCCCUUGUGAAGCGGACACUUACUCAGGCGAGAACAGGAAGUAAAACUCUGGAGGAAUUCAAGAGAGAAGAUGCAAUCUUAUGGCUUAUAGGUAGCAUCUUGAGAGCUGGCACCUUGCAGCUUUUUGCCAAAGAGCGAGUAAUCCAAACCAAAAUCCGGCUUGAACGCCAGACUCCUCUAAUGUUCAAGCAUAUCCAUAAUGAUUCCGCCUCUCAACAUCCCUCAAGCACGCAUCGCAAUAUCCCACCUCCCAGCGCGUCUCAUACCUCAAUCUCGACAGACACCGACCGCGAGUCCUGCCCCGCGAACAUAUGUCUGUCCCGCGCUCCACCGUGUGGCGGCAUGAUCUCGCAAUCAACGACAUGGGAUUACUUCAACUGUUCGAAUUCAUGUUUUGAGCAUCUCAUAUAUAUGGAUACCCCAUACGCUGAUGACUCCGGCGCAGUAUCCGAUGUGACUAAGGAGAAAACACUUGUUCUACGCAUCCUCGUCUUCGUCUUCCUCUCCCUCUUCUUCUUCCUCUUCCUCUUCCUCUUCGCCAUCGCCUUCGCCCUCCUCGACUUCCUCAUCUUCACCCUCUUCGGCUUCCUCAUCUUCAUCACCCUCCUCUCCAUCUUCGGCCUCUUCUUCCUCAUCACCUUCUUCAGCUUCUUCGGUCUCCUCGCCAUCUUCACCCUCUUCGCCCUCUUCACCCUCUUCACCCUCUUCACCCUCUUCACCCUCUUCACCCUCUUCACCCUCUUCACCCUCUUCGCCCUCUUCACCCUCUUCGCCCUCUUCGCCCUCUUCGCCUUCUUCGCCUUCUUCGCCUUCUUCGCCUUCUUCGCCUUCUUCGCCUUCUUCGCCUUCUUCGGCCUCAUCGCCUUCCUCACCCUCUUCACCUUCUUCAGCUUCGUCGCCCUCCUCAACCUCCUCGCCUUCCUCACCUUCCUCAACCUCCUCGCCGUCGCCCUCUUCUUCUUCUCCUUCCUCUUCACCGUCUUCGCCCUCUUCGUCAUCGCCAUCACUAGAGUUAUUCGCCUCUUCGGCGCGACCUGA